AUCGACUUUGAUUACCUGUCAAUUUGCUAAAGUAUUUUUGUGUGUUUUUCUUUUUCUAUAAUUUUCUCCCAAAAAACAUCGACCAACAAAUCAUCAUCUCUCCCACCAACAAAAUAAAAAAAAAUACCAAACAAACAAGAAACAACUUAAUAAAACGAAGAACAAGAAGUCAUCAAACUUCAAUAAGCAGCAAUUUGUUGCUCAUUUCCGCAACAAAUUCCAUCAAUUUACAGUCAAAUAGUAGUAGAAUUGAAUAGAAGCAAAAGAAACCAAAAGAAACCUAUCAAAAGAUCUCCCCGAAAUAAAAACAAAAAUCCCAAAAAAUACCCUACCACUUGAACAAAUAAAAAAAGCCAAUUUUGCUGACGUUACCUCUCGUGUGGAGGUAUUAGCAAACAAAAAAACCUUAGAAAUAUUCAAACAAACUAACACGAAAAAGAAAGCAAAAAAAAAAAACAACUCUCAGUUGAUGAUGAGAUGAGAAUAAGAUGAAUAUUCAGCUCGCUGUUGCUUCUUUUGGCCAUUGUCGAAGCGAACGCCACCACAAUCGUUGUCAGUCGUCGCGGUUAACUUGCAUUUCUCCGACGUAACUAUUUUGUGCCAUGAAGUGCUGCUUCUUUAUCAGCCAAGCUGAGUCAAGAAGUCUUGUUGUCGUUGUGUCCUCUUCCGUGUUGUGUAUGUCUUCGUCGUCGUCGUUGUCGUUUGGUGGGAAACAAAUAGAUACCCCGGGGAGUAAUAAACUCUUAUUAUCAACAAUUAACUACUGACCAAUUGACAUAGUCAUUUUUUUUAACUUCCUAUUUUUUACUCUAUUCCCACCUUCGUCGUUGUUGUCGUUGAACAUUCUAAAUAAAUUUAGUUUUUUAAGUAGAAAGUUGUAUCUGUGUGUGUAAGUUAGAGGGAAGACAAGUCUCCAAAAAAUGCUUCCAAGAUUCCGACGUUCCUUCUACGGCAAGCUCAUUAUCUUGACCGUAGUUGUGUCCUGUUUCCUACUUUAUCUCAAAGUCAUCAGCCAAAAUAUGGCUGAAGAUGAAAUGGAAGCUAGGAAGAGACUCCUCUUGGCUACUCCGGCAGCUCUGUUAAAUCCAGAUGCUGUCCAAGAGGAUAACUCUAUUGUCACUCCAUUCAUAUAUCCCUCCGAGGAGAAUAUCUAUGAAAAACAGAUUCGUGAAGAUCUGGCCAAACAAGUACCUGGUUUGGGUGAUGAAGGUCGAGCGGUGCAACUCGACGGAGAUGAAAAGAUUCGGGGUGAUGAGAUUUAUAAAAAAAUCGCUCUCAACGAGGUGUUGAGUGAGAAGCUCUCGUAUAAUCGUACUACCCCGGAUUCAAGGUUGCCUUUGUGUGCGAAUAUCAAGUAUAACUUGAAUGAUCUGCCUACUACGAGUGUGGUUAUUAUAUUCUUCAAUGAACCGUAUUCGGUUUUGUUGAGGACAGUUCAUAGUGUUCUUAAUACUGGAGACUCGAGGAUACUCAAAGAAAUCAUCCUUGUCGAUGAUGGAAGUACGAAUGAGGAAUUGGGUGGGAAAUUGGAUCACUAUGUGACUACAAGGCUGCCUAAAGGAGUUGUUCAUGUGUUGCGUUUGAAGAAUAGACUCGGUCUAAUUCGCGCUCGUUUAGCUGGAGCUCGAAUUGCCACCGGAGAUACCUUAAUCUUCCUUGAUGCUCAUUGCGAAGGCAUCAUUGGUUGGAUAGAACCCUUACUUGCUCGAAUUAAGGAAUCUCGCACAUCAGUGCUAGUUCCUAUUAUCGAUGUUAUCGACUCAAAAGACUUCCAAUAUUGUACAAAUGGAUAUAAACAAUUCCAAGUUGGUGGUUUCCAAUGGAAUGGUCAUUUCGAUUGGAUAAAUGUUCCUGAACGUGAAUAUGCUCGCAUUCGCAGAGAAUGUGAUAAACCUGUAGAAGUUUGUCCUACUUAUAGUCCGACAAUGGCUGGUGGAUUAUUUGCUAUUGAUCGGCAAUAUUUCUGGGAAGUUGGAAGUUAUGAUGAACAGAUGGAUGGAUGGGGUGGUGAGAAUCUUGAGAUGUCUUUCAGAAUUUGGCAAUGUGGUGGUACAAUAGAAACAAUUCCAUGCUCACGAGUUGGCCACGUCUUUAGGGAUUUCCAUCCUUAUGCAUUCCCUAAUGAUCGUGAUACUCAUGGAGUAAAUACCGCUCGAAUGGCUAUAGUCUGGAUGGACGAAUAUAUAAACUUAUUCUACAUGAAUCGCCCAGACUUGAAGUUCCACCCUGACAUUGGCGAUGUUACCCACAGAACUAUGUUGCGUAAAAAACUACGCUGCAAAAACUUUGAAUGGUACCUUAAAAAUGUCUAUCCCGAAAAAUUCAUACCAACUAAAAAUGUAAUUGGCUAUGGAAAAAUAAGAGCAAUUCAUAGAAAUUUAUGCCUUGACGAUUUGCAGCAAAACAACGAGAAGCCAUACAAUCUCGGUGUUUUCUCCUGCGGAACUCCCAUAACAAAAUCUCAAUUCUUCUCAUUAACCAAUGAUGGUGUUCUGCGCAAUGAAUUAAGUUGUGCAACUGUUCAGCGAAGUGAUUCGCCACCAUUCAGAGUAGUCAUGACGCCAUGUUUUGAUAAAACAGACUAUAACGAAGAAUGGCAAUUCUCAAAUGACCAAUUUGUUCAUGUAAAAACAGGAUUCUGUUUAGAUUAUCGGGGUCUAAAGACUGCCGAUGAUGUUCAAGUGGCCACAUGUGAUCCUGAGAGUGAGACUCAGAAAUGGUUCAUCGAACGUAGAUAAAUAAUUAUGUAGAUUGCCCUAAAAAAAUAAAGAGCAAUUAUUUUUUUUAUUAGAUAAACUUUAUAUAGAUUUUUACAUAUUAUAUGAACAAAAAAAUUUUAUGAAAAAGAAUAUAUUUUAUUUUUUAUUAUAACUGUCCAUUCUGCCUGUUAUAAUUAUUUUUAUUAUAAUUAAAAAAAAAAAAUUAUGCUUAGGAAGAUUUAUUGAGCUUUAAUCAUAAAAAAAAAAUAAUGUGUGUAUGUAUUAUAUUGUCGAAUGCAUCACUCAAAACUGAAGUCAAACAAAAAAUUAACUUUUAUAUAAAAUUCGUUAGCGAUUCCUAAAUAAAAAAAAAUACAAACAAAAAUCAAAACAAAUAUAUUAUAUACAUAAUUAUAUAAACAAAAUACAAAAAUAAAUUAAUGGGAAUUGAGAGCGGAUAGAUAAAACAUUCCUCUCUCUAACAACAACUAGUCUUUAUUGGCAACUUUAUAUAUUAUAUAAAUAUAAUGAAAAAUAAAAUAAUAUUUAAGAUUUUUUUUUAUAUAAAUACAUUUUUUUUAUACGAAUAUUAAACAAAAAAUUAAAACAAACAACUAUGAAACAAUUCUGAACUUUAAAACAAUUUUAACAAAAUCUUAGAUAGGUUCUGUAAAUUUUUUAAAUAAUACAUAACUAUAACAAGAAUUUAUAAAUAA